GGGUGGCCACGCAGUGAGGAUAAACCCGUUCGCGCGAGUUGUGUGUGGCGCAUGUGGUGGGGGCUCGGUAACAACACGCAGGGGAAAGUGGAGUGCUUAGUCACGUGGUCUGUGUGUGUUUUGCCUUCGCUCUUCCAUCUUAUUGCUGGGGAGAAACAUCUCGAUGGUUUUGCUCAAUGGAAACAGACGGCUCCAAGUGCGGCUUCCGAUAAGUCAAGCUGUGAUAGGAAUGGGGCUAAACUGACGCCCCGGCUAAAGCCUGUCUGGGACAAGACGUGGAAGGAACACGUAGACGACAUGUAGGACAUUUCUCCAUAUCCUGUACAUGUGAUAGGAAUGAUAGGAAUAUCCAUCAAAUGCAUUGGUAAAGAACUGAGUAGUUCAGCGUUACCCUUCUUCAAGAUAUACUGAACUGUUUCCUGUUCAUGUCGCCUGAUCUGCUUCAUGUGCCAUCACUGCUCCUUGAAUUUGAACCUCUCAAUUCUAGCACGAGUUUGGACCAUACGGCUAAGCAACUGAAAACCACGUACUGGAACAUUUAUUAGUCUGGAGUUGUUAAAUGCAUUGAUCGAGGGUGUGCGGACUUCAGUUUAGCAUCUUGCGAUUCCUCCUCUGUAAGCUACGGGGAUUUAUUUGGAUUCUACUUUCACCAACCAUCAUGGCGAGUGUGGGUCUUGGCCUGGUCGUUCUGUUGAUCGCGCUCGUCGGUCACUGCUCCACAGUGGCGGAGGCUGCGGGCUGCGAAGCCAUCCAGCUGCCCAUGUGCUCCGGAAUGAAGUACAACAUGACCCAGAUGCCUAACCUACUGCACCACAGCGCCCAGGAGAACGCCCGCCUGUCCAUCGAACAGUUCCAGGACCUGGUCAAUACCAACUGCAGCGAGUUGCUGCUGUUCUUCCUGUGCACCAUGUACGCGCCAAUCUGCACCAAGAGCCUGGAGUUUGAGGUGGAGUCCAUCCCGCCUUGCAAGGGGGUGUGCGUGGAGGCCCGGCAGAGGUGCGAACCCACCAUGCUCAAGUACAACGUGACCUGGCCCGAGUACCUGUCAUGUCAACAUCUUCCCGAGUACACGAGGGGCGUGUGUCUGACCCCCGAGGCUAUCGUCGACACUAUGCCAGACGAAGACGAAGACAACGGAAGUGACGUCAUCACUGAGCCUGCCAUCAUUCAACCGCCCAAGCCAAAGAGGAAAGGAAGCUGUAAGCGAUGUGAUAGUAUCAGGAUAAACCAGGGCGCCUUCAUGGAGAAAGCCUACGAGUAUGUUGUUCGUGCCACCGUGACGUCAUUUGUUACCGUGGGCGAGAACCUGAUGUAUACCACAAUCAUCGUACGGGACGUGCUCAAGUUCACCGAUAUCAACAUCCCUAUUGGUGAGGUACACCUGGUAACGGAGGGCCCGUGCGUCUGCCCAAAAGUGUCCGCGGGAGUCGACUACGUCAUCAUGUGUUACCAAGACCUGGAGAACGGCCGCCUGCGGCUGACGGAGGAAUGCGUGGCACAGGAAUGGGAGGAGGACAACUGGCCCAGACUCGUCAAGAAAUGGGAUAAAAAGCUUCGGAAGGCCAAGCGCCGAGAGGAGAAGGAGAAAGAGGCGCCCCCAACGGGCAGCAACAGCAGGCGCCGUCGGCGGCAACGCCCUGAGCCCACUGAGGCGCCCUCUCGCGAUAGAAGAAACCGAGGACGAACUCGGGCCGAUCUGUUGGAUGACGUUGAAACUGAAUCAGUCUCCGAUUCGAUGUUGUGAAGAGGCCAUCUUGUUCUGUAAGAUCGGCUCUUCAGAUUCUGACAGCUGCGUCGUGACCUUUGGAUGCCUGCGCCGUGACCUGGCUAUGUUUCACAGCCUUGCUUGGCGGAACAAAACAAUCGGCAAGCAUGGUUUGGCGAUUAACCAUAAACAGCUGGUACUUUGUGUUUUGCUUUUCAAUUUUUAAAACGAUUUUUUUUUUUUUUUAACGGAGGUUCAACCUCAUGUGAUUUGGUUUUCUUCUUUUCUUUGACGACAAUGUUAAAUUGACAGAAAUUGAACAUUCUUAUAUAUCGAGCAGCGACUUUAUCACAAUGACCAACGUUGUGAAAGCUCUUUUUGUUUUUGCAGUAUCGCCCAUGUGCGCGCACGAUAUUAAAUUUUGUGGAAUUCUUUUUAAUUUGAAUUGUUUUAAAAUUAUCUUCUAGAAAGAAAGUGCAAUACCUAUUGCACAUUUUAUAUUUUUUCUCGCUGCAACAAAACCGCAGUGUUGUCGUACCCGUACCCGUACUCGAGUACAUUUUUUCCGUACUCGAACUCGCACUCAUGAAAAUGUACUCCUACUCUUACCCACAAGAAGAAAAUAUACCCCUGUACUCGUACUCGUACUUUGGACAAAGUACCCGUACUUACACUCAUGUUCUCCUGCAAAAAUUACAGAUAUGUUCUCGAGCUAAAUGCAGAAAAAAGAACCAGUUUUUUAAUGUUUAGGAGGCUUCUGCAUUUGUUCAUUGUUUACUGCCUAGGUUGACUGCGAAAAGCCAUUGAAAAUACAUGACACAUUUAAAAUUUGCUCCUAUUCGUGGAGAGUACUCGCACUUGUGGAAAGUAAUCGUACUCAAGUACUUUUUUGGGGUACUCGUUCUUGUACUCGUACUCAUGGGGAAAAUGUCUCGUACUCGCACUCGUAGCCUACUGGUACUCGUACUUGUACUCGUUCUAGUACUCGUACUCGUACUCAUUACAAAGUACUCGUACUCGUACUCGUACUCAUGGGGAAAAUGUCUCGCACUCGCACUCGUAGCCUACUGGUACUCGUACUCGUACUCGUUCUAGUACUCGUACUCGUACUCAUUACAAAGUACUCGUACUCGUACUCAUGGGGAAAAUGUCUCGCACUCGCACUCGUAGCCUACUGGUACUCGUACUCGUACUCGUUCUAGUACUUGUACUCGUACUCAUUACAAAGUACUCGUACUCGUACUCGUACUCAUGGGGAAAAUGUCUCGCACUCGCACUCGUAGCCUACUGGUACUCGUACUCGUACUCAUACUCGUACUCGUUCUCGUACUCAUG